CACACACAGCUGUCGUCGAGGCAGACGAGACGUCGAUCACUGGUUGAUACCGGUUUACGCAGUUGACCUCACGGAAAUAUCAAUUAAACGGUCCGUCCGCAAGUCAACACUAUGAGUUUACGCUGGAAAAUAUUUCACGGAAUUAGACAGAGAUCGCAGAUACCACCGCUGCAGGUGAUAGUAAGAGGUUAUAACACCUGCCAGCAGUCUCCCACGGAGAAGGAGCAUGGGUCCUCCAGGAAUACGCGAGAUCCUGCUACGUUGUACGCAACGUAUGUUGCCGUUGCCGCCUUAGGUAUAUCUUAUUACAUCACUUUCAAAUACAAAAGAAACGUCUACGCUCUCAGCGCAACGCAAAACGUACAAUGUGGUCAAUUACGCAAGGACAUGAAGACCUACACUCUGGAAGAAGUGGGGAAGCACGAUAGCAAGGAAAAUCGUAUCUGGGUUACCUUCGGGCAGGGUGUAUACGAUAUAACGGAAUUCGUCGACAAGCAUCCGGGCGGCCCCUCAAAAAUUAUGAUGGCUGCAGGCGGCACCGUCGAUCCGUUUUGGACCAUAUUCGCGAAUCACAAUACGCCGGAGAUCCACUCCCUGCUGGAAUCCAUGAGAAUCGGAAAUAUAUCGGAGGAGGACGCUGAAUCUAAUAAGAGCGAUCUGUACGAUCCGUACGCGAACGAGCCCGCCAGGCAUAAGGCCCUAAUAAUUAACGGCAAUAAACCCUUCUGCGCGGAACCGUCA